ACAGAUAAAACACGAGAAAAACAUGCCGAGUGAAGAUUACGCUUUUUCGUGUUGAAUUGAGUUAAUCCGCAAGAAUUUCGCAGAAAACCCACCAAUUCUCGUUUGCUUGUUACUGCAGAACGUAAAAGUGCUACACUUCCAUGAAGAUAGAGUUUCUCAAAUGUUGGAAUCAAGUCGAGUCCUCGCGUCAACCAUUCAUAAGUACUCGUUAUACGCAUAUCCCAACGUGAUCGCGGCUUGCUGGAGCACACAACCGGUGAAAACGGUCCGUCGAGAAGCCUACUACGACGCCGGUGUGUAUAGGUAGAAGUAAUGAGAAAUGGCUACCAGACGGCCGCGGGUCAAGGUCGCUGCCAAUCUCAGCAUACGCAGGCCAUCGAAACCUACCGGCAAACCUGCAGCCGAACAAAAGACCGAAACGGUUGAAGAGUUCACUGAGAAACCGGCGGUUGAGCCGGAAACUCCAACCUCCGCUGCAAUCCACAACGAACCGCCGGCUGUUGCAUCACCCUUGCAACAUGUAGCUCCCGCCGAGAUCGACGAGAAAUCGGAGGAAGAAAAGCAACAUUUCAAACUUCCCAUGCCCGUCGAUAGCAAUGCUAAAAACACCAGCAACUCGGUCGGCUCGCUUGCCACUGAAAGCACAACCACUACUGCGAGCAUCAGCCAUGAGGAACCGAUGUCGCCGAGAAAGCAAGAUGUACGUUUUGGCUAUCCCAUGCAGUUGGCCCGCAAGCGAAUCCGUACAGAAUCGCUGACAUCCAACAAAUCGCUCCCCGAUGGAAUCACGGUAAACAGAGUGGCCCGGAAGAUAGCGACCAAGCAAGAGGAAUCGCAACGUACGCUAGAGAAUAAGAAGGAGAUCCGCAAACGCUUGACGAACAUCGAAAAUGUCGACAAACAGAACCUCACGAUGUUCGACAUGAUCUACUAUAAUCCGGUUAACAAUCCUAUGGAACCACCGCCGUCGCUCAGCAAACGUACUUCGGUCGAGAACAUCCCCAAGUCGAUCGAUGGCAGCCAGCGUGCGGGGACACGCAGCCGCACGGCAAGCAAAUCACGGUCUCCUACUCCUGCACCGUCAACUUCUGCACCGCCUGCUAAGGAGACACCAGCACCUCCUGUCCAGUUGACUCCUCAGCUGAAGCUGGGACCUAACGGCGAAAUCAUACUGGACGAAGCAAGCCUGGUGAUCGAGAAUGAGCGUGACAAAGAGUUCCGCGAAACACUGGCCAACUCCGAUGUACUGUAUCAGGACGAGUUUAGUGGCAAUUCGGGCUAUUACACACGUAUCAAACGGACGAAGGGUUGGAGUGAUGAAGAAACGAUACGCUUCUACCGUUGCCUACAUACGAUUGGAACCGAUUUUUCAAUGAUGCUCAGUCUGUUCCCCAACCGUACCAGGCGUGAUAUGAAGCUCAAGUUUAAAAAAGAAGAGCGCCAUAAUCUGCAAUUGGUCAAUAAGGCACUCAAACACCCGAAACAGUUUAAUAUUGCCGAGCUUCGGCAACAGUUCGAGCAGGAAGAUGAGGAAAUUGAACGCAAAAAGGCAGAAAAGCAGCAGUGUCUCGAGGAAGAGGCCAAAAAGCGUCGCAAUGAGCAGCUACAGCGAAAAUUGCUGUUAAGCCAAUCAAAAAACAGAUGCCCUCAGAAACGCCUCAGCCGUUCGCAACGUACACUCACCGAUACGCACGAGCAACUGCGUGAUGGUGAAUCGCCAAAUGCGUCAGCACCACAAUCGCCAAUACCACCGGAAACUGGUGAUUCACCUGCAUCUCCAGCACAACCAUCGGAUAUGGCAUGUCCGAACGUCCCCGUCAAACGAGUUAGCAAAAAGUCGCGCAAAGCACUGGAAACGGAAGAGCUCUUCGGAAAUUCCGAGUGUGAACUUGAUGACGAUCAACAAUCACCUACGGAUAUGAAACAAACUAUGCCUACAAGUAAAAGAUCACUUAAAAAUAAGAGUAGUUUGGACAAUGACCAGGACCCGAAUGUAGAACCAACGCAGGAUGCGAAACACGAUAAAAGGAUUCGUAAAAUGUCGCGCAAGACAGUGGAAGGAAGUUUUUCUGGCAAGGAGAAUGAUAAUGAUCAAGAGCUGAACGCGAUAUUGCAGCCAUCCAUGACAGAAAGCUCGCCUAUGCCUUCAUCCGAAGUGAGCCAGCAUAAACGAGUUCGGAAACUAUCUCAGAAAGCAUUGGAAUCGCGUUCAUAUGCCUACACUAACGAUGAUAAACAGGAAUCAACGUUGGAACCUUCACCACUCUCCAAUACGUGCGAUGAUGUCGACAUACCGUCAAAACCUGCAUCAAAGAAACCACGCAAAACAUCGGAACCAAAUCUCUUCUUGUCGGACUCAUCCAAGGAUGUGAAAGCGAAGGUAGAACAGCAGUCCUAUAUGCCUGCUGGUGACGGGUCAUUGAUGGAUUCCACACGUAGUCAAAGAGUGCGCAAGAUGUCGCGCAAAGCGCUAGAAGCCAGUCUUUGUGCAGAGGAAUGGGAUGAUAACGAUCCAAAAUCGAACAACGAUUCACAGCCCUACAUCCCUAAUGGUGGAAUGGGGUCAACAAACACAUCGUCGACGUUGUUAGAAACAGAAACGGUAGAAGAACUGCCCUACCCACCGCCAGUUUACGUUGAACGUCACAUCCCAGUACAGGAGGAUCUGGAACCAGAUUCCACAUCUGUGAUAACGCUUCAAAAUCUUGACGAUCAAAGCCGAACUACCUGUCGACGCCGUGAGGACUGUAGCCUUAUGGGCGAAAUAGCUCCGGUACCGAUUGAGCUGACACCGGUUGCGGCCAUGAAGUACGAAGUCGAAGCGGAUCUCAGUUACUUACCCUUGCCAGCCAACAACGCACCAGUGGCCAAUCCCGUAAAGACGGAAUCCUAUACCAAAGUACAAUCUUCGCUGGCGGAAAAUGUUUACGAUAGGCAACACAAACAAGAGCUUGCAAAUUCUCUAACACGCGAGUCGGUAACCAUUUGUACGAUGCUUCCAGCGGGACAGGUUGGAAUCGAGGAAGAUGUUGAACCGCCCGUGCAAGCCUCUGAUCCUUCCAGUGAACUCUACUGCGAGACCAUUUCAUCCGAGUUGCUGAAUGAAACUAGUGCAGCUAUUACUAUAGAUCAUACGAUAGUACAUCAUCAAAAGAUAGAACCGAAGACCUACAGUACGAUAGAAGGAGAAACAACCAUUGAAAGAGAAGAGGAAGUGCGACAACAGGCCAAUUCAGCUGCAGUACCUGCAACACAAAUGAUUGUUGUGGAAAGCGUCGAUAUCAAUGAUAGUGAUGGUCAUUUCACUGUCGAAAAGGAGGAGAACGCCGGCACAGAACGAAACGAAUGCUUGGCCAAUGAUGUGGACGACGGUGCAGAAGCGCUGCCAAAGGAUCGGUCAGAUAUGCCAUUUAAACUUUGCGAUCAAGCAAAUUCUGUUGAAUCUCCGUCUUCAUACUCCUGGCACACGCCGACCUCCGUUGCUGAACCGCCAGUUUCGACUAGCAUCGAGGGACAAGCAGAACGAACCAGUGAACUACCGUCGGUGACACAACCGAAGGAAAUGGCAGAGAAUGAAAGUGAUGAAAUUGACGAACAGACGCAAUACGACGGUGAAAAUGACGACGACGGAGCCGAGCCCAGUGGUUUCUCACUCGAAAACAUCGAUAUUAAUUCGUUGGUACUGGUGGAAAGUCAGGAUGCCAGCGAACCGAACAAAACGAUCUACGAGAUCUACGUCGUAGUACCGGAGACGGGCCAGCUGAGCGAGAAGCCCCUUGACGUACCACCGGAAGUAAUCGAAAGUAUUCGACAGAUUCUAGAAGCCGGCGAUACUUCGGCUAAAGAUGGUUAGUGUAGGUGGUCUGGCCCUCUUACACCAUGUAAAUAGUAGAUACGACUAUAUUUAUAGUGGUAAUGUAAAGCUGCACAAUGUUUAACUGUUGUUUUGGGCAUGGAUGCGGCUUGUAAGUUUUCUGCCGACGCUACGGCGUGCUACUCACGUAUAGAGAUGCUUCUCGGCAAAACGAUCGUUUUGCUAUAG